CAACUUUUGAAGUACAGACUUCAUGAAGAACGUUAUAGGAGACAAGUAACCUAAGGGAUCAAAAGUUUUCGCAAUGAAGGAUAAGAUGUUACGCUUUGUACAUGGGCAAUUGAAAGGUUGGACAUGAAAAGUGAAUGCAUCUAUAGAAGGUUCCCAAGAUAAUCCUAAGAUUUUAAGGGAUUCGCAGCCAUCUGAGAACCGUAUAGGACUUUCUCUGUGAUCCUCUGGGAGACUAGAAAGUAAUUCGGGGUGGUUGGUUGACCAUUUUCUGAGUUCGUAACUUGCUCUACUCAGCAAUUCACGCAACUCAUUCAUUAACAAUUCGGCAGUCUCGACAUCUUUGGCGCCGCUUAUCACGUCGUCAAUAUAUAUUUGGUUCGUUAUAGCAUAUGAGGCCAGAGGAAAGCAUUCACCCUCAUCCUUCACCAACUGUUUCAGCACUCGUUGUGCCAAAUACGCUGAAGGAGUCAAUCCGUAGGUAACGGUGUUCAGUUCAAACUCUGCGAUUGUAUCUGAACCAGGAGGACGCCAAUAAAUAUGUUGGAAUCGUCUAUGCUCAGGAACAAUAAGGGUCUGACGAUACAUUUUUUGUAUGUCGGCACAUAAAGCAAUUGCCUGCAAGCGAAAUUCAGAAAUAAUGUCUUGUAUGUCAGAUUGCAAUUUUGGACCCUUUAGAAGACGCUCAUUCAAAGAAAUGCCUGUCGAAUCUGGAUCUGAAGCAUUGAAUACCACUCUCAAUUUUGUUGUGGAACUUGUCUCUUUCAUGACAGCGUGAUGGGGAAUUAUGUAUGAGGAUGUAGAGGAAGUUAUAGACAUGUGACCAAGAUUACGAUAUUCUGUCAUGAAAUUUUGAUACAUGUUGAAUUUUUCUGGUUGCUUUAAGAGUCUCUGUUCAAGACGUUUGAAUGAAGCUUGUGAUCUAGAGCAAUUUGAUCCGAGGGGAGUUGCAUUUGGUUUGAAAGGAAGUGCUACUAUGUAACGCCCAUCUUUGUCCCGAGAAUGGGUGCUAAGAAAAUGCUCUUCCACCAACACAUCCUGUGGAUCGAGCGGGGAACUAGGUGAGACUUCCUCUGUUUCCCAAAACUUUUGGAGGGCUGAACUGAUGUCACAAUGUACAUGGAGAGAGGUGGCAAUAGAUUCCGAAGUUUGAGAAGACGUGGGACCAACCAGAACCCAUCCGAAGAUAGUAUUGACCGCAGUUGGGUUACCAGGAAUAGACUGAAUACCAUCAAUCAAAAGUUGAGGGAGCAAAUCGGCUCCAAUCAGAAAAUCUACUGGAGAAGAGGGAGUUCUGAAGGAGGAAGCGGAUGCGAAAUGUUAUCAAGAACGACAGCAUGGCCCUUGACCAACCGAGAGGAAUGUCGUGAAUGUAACGAAACAUCAACGGACCCAAAUAUACGCAAGUUCGAUUGACCUAAACCUGAAACAGAACAAGUAGAGGGACAAAUUUUCAAACCCAAGCAGGAAACACUGGACUUAGUAAUGGCGGAAAUAUGAGAGCCAGGGUCAUAAACAGCUCUGAGUAUGUGUUUUUGACCUGUAACAUCCUCAAUUAGGAGACUUAUAGUACCAAGAAGAAUUGGUGAACUACCAGAAGAUGCGAUGCAUGACACAGACUGAAUGGGUUCAGCUUCAGAUGAGUCACGACCAUGAGGGGGGCAAGUUACAUUAAGUGAAUUCUGGGUAGCGGAGGGAGACGCAGUAACAGAAGAGGGGUGUAGAGAGGUAUGAUGUCUAUUUGUUUUACAGUGGCGGCAUACAGAACGAGAAUUACAGUUUUCUCUACGAUGUCGACCUAAACAGUUGAAACAGCGUGAAUUUUCUCUGAGAUAUUUAUAUUUAUCAUUCAAUGUCAUAUUCUGAUACCGUGAACAUUGAUGCAAAAAAUGCGAACUUUUACACAAGGGGCAAGCGAAAGUUCUACCAUCAGAAGGAGAAGAAUCUGUAGAGUUCACUAAAAGAACGUUUGAGCCGUGCGAUCUUGGUCUCGGGAUAUUGCUAUCAGCGGUUUUAGAAAGUUCCAUUAUGCGAAUUUGCUGCGUUACGAACUCAAUUAAUUGUUUAUAGGUGGGAAUGCCUUUUGAUGGCAACUUAUUUUCAAAGGCACGUUUAGUGUUCGAAUCUAAGUUAUUCAAAGCCAAAGAAAAUAACAGAAAAUCUGCAAGAUCUGGAAUUUUUAAAGGUUUCAUUGAAUUCACGGCUGUUUUAUGAUUAUGUAAAAAAUCUUUGAGCGAUGACAGUGAAGGAUGAGAGAGAGACUUGAAUUGCAGUAAUUUCGAAAAAUAAACAGAAGCGAGGCGUCUAGGAUUUUGGUAACGCUGAACUAAAGCAUCAUACGCUAUAUCGUAGUUAUCAGGAAUCAACUGAAGACCACUGAUAACAGCUAGAGCUUCACCCUUGAGUGUGGUUUUCAAAUAUUGAAAUUUUUGUGUUUUGUCUAUCAUUGAGUUUUUAUGAACCAAUGAGUCAUAUAAGGAAAUGAAUUCUACCCAAUUAUCUAUUUUACCAUCGAAUGAAGGAAGUGCAAUAGUCGGAAGCAUCUGUGGUACUGGUGUAGUGCUAGGGGUGGUAUCAGAUGUGGUCAAAACUGCAUUUUGUUUCGCUAAAUCACACUGUAUACUAUGAAUGGAGGCUAGUAUCUCCUCAAAGGAGGCUUGUACUUGAGAGAUCUCG